CCUCCCUCCCUCUGGACGACUAGUGCGCAUGCGGGGUAUGGGGAUGUUGCUGGCCUCGCUGUCGGAAGCUGUGCCUCUCUGUGUGAAACGAUCAAUAAGGCCUUGUUGAAAACAUCGGUAACAAGCUAGCUUGGGUCUCUCUCUCUCUCUCUCUCUCCAAUUCUUUGUUCUGUUCUAUUUUAUGUUAGAGGCAGUUCAGCUCGUUGUCUUUAUAGGGAGGCUAAUCCACGUAAAAUGACCGAUCAAUCAUCCCUGUUGCUUCGAAAACAACUGGCAGAGCUCAACAAGAACCCUGUGGAGGGAUUUUCUGCCGGUCUCAUAGACGAUGAUAACAUCCAUCAGUGGGAGGUGGUUGUUAUUGGCCCGCAAGAUACAUUAUUCGAGGGUGGUUUCUUUAAAGCCUACUUGACCUUUCCCCUUGACUACCCACAUAGGCCUCCGAAGAUGAAGUUCAUCACAGAAAUAUGGCAUCCCAAUGUUGCAAAGAACGGUGACGUGUGUAUCUCCAUUCUGCACGAGCCCGGAGAGGACAAGUUUGGCUAUGAGAAGCCUGAGGAGCGCUGGCUGCCCAUUCACACUGUAGAGACCAUCAUGAUCAGUGUCAUCUCCAUGCUGGCCGACCCGAACGGCGACUCACCCGCCAAUGUGGACGCAGCCAAAGAAUGGAGAGAGGAUCCUUGUGGAGAGUUCAAGAGGAAGGUGGCUCGCUGUGUACGAAAGAGUCAGGAGAUGGCGUUUGACUAGGCGCCACUCCCCCACCAUUGCCACACACCCAGUGAGUACCUUUCUGGAUCCACACAGCGCUCAACUAUAAUCUCACGUUGCAGAAAUUGAGACCCAUUCAGUGCCUUGGCUGGAUAGUACAUCUUCAAUGUUUUGUUUCCCUAUCAGUCUUGAUGCUUUAUCGUUUCCCUUGAUUUAUAUUUUGUCUGCAAGCUAAUUGUUAUUUUUUUAUUUUUUAGCUAGAAUUUUAACAUCGGGAGAUCGAUCAUGUCACUCUUCAAUAAAGACUUUUGCACCAGUGCUCUGCUCUUAGGAAGAUGUGGAAUAAAAAGCCAGCCCUUUUUUCUUUAGUUGUGUAAAUAGGGUCGUCUCAUUUCUUCUGUGGAUGUGUGGAGGAAAAAACAUCCCUUCAUGCUCAUUGCCCAGUUCUCACUUUAGACGUAUUUAUUUAAAUGAUUAUGACAACUCAAGAUGCAUGCUUUUGUUUUGAAGAGCUUCUUUAUUUUCAACCUGCCACUGAGCCAUCUACUUUCGACUUGUCUCUUAUGCAAUUGUGGUCAAUGAAGAGAUUACUAACCAACAAUGGCUUUCGUUGCCCCCGUUCUUUACAUAUGGAAGCCCAUUCCUUCCAAAGUGUUCUGCAAAGUCCUUUCUCUCAAAAGGGUUAAUACACUCUGCUGCCUUAAGUUGUUUUCCUGUGAGCUAAGGAAACAGUCUCCAGCGAUGUCUGGUUUCUUCCAUUUUUGAUCAAUCAUUUUUUGGGGAUAAACAAACCUAAGAAUAUUAGCAUGAGGAAAAUAAUAUUUUUUUUGUAAUAAAGAUCUCCGCUCUAAUUGUAUAUGUAAAUAUUAUGUACUAUAGAUCAAGUUAUGUCUUUUUGGUUUUCCCCUUCAUGUGAAGUUUGUACACUUGAGUUUCCUGUCUAGGAUAUUUUCAGGGACAUGUGUUCAGUGUCAUCUAUCCUUGUGAGAAUAAUUAUUUAAGCUUCGGUCACCCGUGAACAUCUCCAGAAAGAAGUAAUCACAUUUCAGAUGGUUGUCUUUUGUUUCGUCUCAAGAAUGUGAAUAAGGUGAUGCCAGUUCUGGUUGAAUGUCCACACCAGUAUUGCCCUUUUUCUCCUGUGGAAGCAGAUUACACUAGCCCUUUGCAACAGCACAAUUUCUAUCUACGAGGAGAUGCUUUUGAGUCUUACGCAAGUUAUUCAUGCAAUGCAAAGGAUCAAAAUAAUGAAAGUGGUGAUGGAUUGUUAGAACAAGCAAUAAGACUUGUCGCUCAAUAGUUUAACUGAUAGUACCAAUAGUUAUACCUAUUCACCUGUGUGGAGUGAAGACUGGCAUGAGUUGUGAAAUCACAGGUUUUUACACCCACAUUGUUUAACUUGAGUCCAAUAAAGUUUUUAAAACUGUAA